AUAAAACAACAGUUCCCAAGCGACCGCGUACACAGCUGCUCCGUUGUGUCUCGAGGAGAAGCUCGAUCCGUUUGCGGAUCGUUAGAUAGUUAAAAACUUACCAUUGAAUUACACGGCUGUGAUAAAGUAUAUCCAAAGUGUUUUCUCCUACGUACCAUAAACAACAAACACUGCCAACAUAAAAAUAACAAAACAAAUAUCCAACUGUGAUAAAUUUAGAGGCUUGCUUGUUUGGAAAACCUCGAACAGAACGAACCGCGAGUCUGUUUCUUUGUUCUCCUGUUUUGUCGAACUGUUCUGCACGAGAUAACAAACACGGAAUGCAACACAGAGCUCCCCAUAUGGUUCGAUAGUGAAAAGCCCUACGACACUGCGUCGAAUGAAGCCAUCGAUCCGCUACGCAAAGUAAACAAACGCAAACGUCACCAUUUGGAUAACUAUUGUGGAUAACAUUCGAAAAAAAAUAUCCCCAAUCGCGCUGGAAAAUUUGCUAGGCACACGAUGCCCUUCUGUUGCGGUUGCUGUGACGAUUCGACGACCCGAUAUGAAUAUCGCCCUAUCGGCCAACCACAGCAACCGAGUGGUUUUGGUGCGCGGCAUCUUCAAACGGUGCUGCUUUUCUUUGGCCUUACGAUGGCGUACGCCCUGCGGGUCAACAUGUCGGUAGCGAUCGUCGCCAUGGUCGAUCGUCAUGCUGCCAACGAGGACUUCGAGGAGUUCAAAUGGGACGAGCGGACUAAGUCGGCAAUCCUGAGCAGUUUCUUCUGGGGCUACGUUGUGACCCAGAUACCGGCCGGCCAAAUGGCGCAACGUUUUGGCCCGAAGAUCCUGCUGAUGUUUUCUAUUGGUAUCUGUGCGUUGCUUGCCAUCUUAACUCCACUGUGUGCUCACGUCGGUGGCGCAAAGGCCGUUAUGGGACUUCGGAUAUUGCAGGGUCUCAGUCAAGGGUUCGUUUUCCCCUCGACGCACCAUAUGCUUUCCCGCUGGGCGCCGGCUUCGGAGCGUGGCCGACUGGGAACGCUCAGCUACGCCGGUGCACAGUUCGGUACGGUCGUAAUGCUCGCCAUCAGUGGCGUCCUGGCAUCGUCCACCAUGGGAUGGCCGAGCAUAUUCUACAUUUCCGGUGCCGUCGGUAUCCUCUGGGCGGUUGUAUGGUUUUUCUACGGUAGCAACUCGCCGGCCGAGUAUCGUGGUAUCUCGCCCGAAGAACGUGAAUUCAUCGAGAGCUCGUUCGGUCAGCAGGACCACAGCCAAAAAAUCAUCACACCCUGGAUUGCCAUCUGUACGUCUGCUCCGAUGAUUGCCCUGACCAUCUCGCACAUGGCACACAACUGGGGCUUCUGGACGCUGCUCACCGAGAUGCCUACGUACAUGAAAGAGGUGCUCGAGAAGGACAUCAAAAAUAACGCCCUGCUCUCCUCGCUCCCGUACCUGGUGAUGUGGCUGCUGAGCUUCGUGUUCAGUCCACUGUCGGACUUCCUGAUCAACCGGCAGUACCUUUCACGCGUCGUCAGCCGGAAGCUGUUCAACACGAUCGGCCUCUGGGUGCCGAUGGUGGCCCUGCUGGGACUUGCCUUUGUGCCGAAGGGUGGAUCGGAUUUGGCGAUCGUGCUGCUGACGCUGGCGGUCGGCAUCAACUCGGCCACCUAUUUGGGCUUCCAGGUUAACCAUCUCGAUCUCGCACCGAACCACGCGGGCACCAUGAUGGGCAUCACGAACUGUGCGGCCAACAUUAUGUCCAUCAUUGCACCGCUCAUUGUGGGCGAAGUGAUAACGGAUCCGACUGACCCGAUUCAGUGGCGCAACGUGUUCUACAUUGCGGCCGCGAUUUACUUCUUCGGUAAUCUGACAUUCCUCAUCUUCGGUAAGGCCGACGUUCAACGAUGGAACGAGACAGUCACAUCGGAAACCAACGUCCCCUCAAAUGUGCAGAACAACCAAAUGACCAACAACACCGACCAUAGUGAUUAAGCUUCCCAGUUUGGCCGUGAUUGUGUGUAUCACAAACCAGCAAAGCCCAACAAUGAUUUGACCGUGGAUCAAACAGAUGUCGUAGGGACACUCGCAGCGCGGUGGCGUACUCGGUACCCCUCGUAGGAAGAGCGAAAUUGAGAUCAUCAAGGGGAAAGAGAAAACAUUUUAAUUUAAAAAUCAUAUCGCGUAAUAGGAUUAAGAUUGGUUGGCGAGAAAAAUUAUCGAGGCGAUUAAACAGGGAAUAUAGGAAAAUCUGUUGAAGAGCACACACACACACACAAAUUCCAUGGUAAUAAUGAACAGACUGUGGUGGCAUUUAUUGAUAUUUUGCUCUAGAUGCCGCAAUUAAGAAAGAUUGGUUAUAUUUAUGAACCGUUAUAUACUAGUUAAAAUAAAGUAAAUGCAAGCUUUUGCAUUAGACGUUGGAAUUGCCCUCGACGCAGGCAAGCAUGCAAGUGA